AUGGAACGGUGCGUACUGGGAGUACCGGAGCGGAAGGCGGCCGAGCGGGAAGUGUUUGUCCACGAAGCGAAGCAAAUCCGGACGCGGCCACAGCCAGGAGUAGGACGCGGACACCUUUGUUAUCCAAAACAGCAGCAGCGGAAGGUGGGUGGUGCCGGUGUGGGACGAGGUCGGGGGAAAAGUUGGUUUUCGAAAAAGGACAAGGCUAGCUUCCUGCAGGACCUGCAGCUGUUUCACGACCGGAGUUGGACGCAGUUUAUGCGGUUGCCGAAGAUCGGAGGUCGGGAUGUGGAUUUGCACCGGUUGUAUUCGGUGGUGGUGGCCAGGUGGACGAAAUUGAAGUUGAAGCAGAUUUACAUCCGCUUUUCGAACAAGUACGAUCAAGUAAAUUUUAACGAAGAACAGUUUGCACCAGUUCUGGAUGGACCGUCUGUACGAAGGCCGCAAGUCCUGGAGUUGACUGUCUCAUUGAUGACUACCCUACCCUACUCGGAUUACUUCCAGAUGUUGGAGCGAGAUCCGAUGAACCUGAUCAAGAACAUCUACCUGGAAUACCGAAGAAGUCACCGUUAUCGGGAACUAUCCGUUCUGGCGCUUCACUUCCCAGCCGGAAAACGUCGACUUCCCUUCCCGAAUCAACAACCAAUGGCCAACUCCUCCAAGCCUGUCCUGAUGAUGGCCGGCAACGAGACCACCCUGUUCUCUACAACGCUGUCGCGCUCCAAAAUGAAGGCCGCGUUGUUGCUGCCCAACGAAACGUCCAUCCGUAACCUGCUCAGCAUGGGGCCUUCGGACGUGACCGGUGACGUACCGUAAGAAUCGGUUCAGCUUGGACGCGGAAGUUAGCCUACCAUAAGCAGAUGCGUUGAAUCAAGGGGUAGGACAGAGAGUAAUAUUGAGAAAGUUUGAAUAACUUUGAGUAACAUUGAGCCACUCAAAGUUUUUCAAUCCUCCCAAACGACGUAACGAAUUUUGACACUGACAUUUGGCACCAGAGAGAGACGACUGACUUUGACAGAUACAAAACCAACCCCAAGCAGAAACAACGUGAUGCGGAAAAAAUUAAAAAAAAUAUGGUUCCGAUUUUAUUCUAAGCAGCAACAACUGGUCUGGGCCCGUGCAUAAAAAUGCAUCAUCCAUCAGCAAAGGCAGCACCCGCCCUUUCAAUAAUCAUCCUACGGCAGACUGAUAUCAUGGAUCCUACCCCUUGCAGGACCAGAUCCGUAUAAAAAUCCGGCAUCUCACACACGCCGAGAUCGAAACAAAAAGUUGUGUUUUGCGCCGAGCAGCUGCAGGACGUCUCCGGAUCUUCAUCCGGAGGAGGAGGAUCUGAAGGUGUGUAGGGUACCGGUGGACAUGGUAGAGAUCAAGUUCCCCGGACUGUCCCGCAACUACAGUCUGUUUCCGAUCUUCACUUGUGAUAAGUACCACAAGCUCUUGAAACCCACAAAUCAAAUUCAUAAGCACAAUAUU